AUGUCAUCCCACGCCGCAGAACUCGAGGCUGAGCUGAGGUGUUCGAUCUGCCUGACUAUCUACAGGGAUCCUGUGCUGUUGCCGUGUGGACACAACUUCUGCCGUGGCUGCCUGGACAGGGCAUGGGAGAGUCGGGAUAUGGCUGUGGGGUACAGCUGCCCCGAGUGCCGGGCAGAGUUCAGGGAGCACCCUGUUCUGCAGAGGAACAUCAAGCUGGCUAACAUUGUUGAACACUUCCAGAUUGCCAAGGACCACCCUCCAGAAACGAAGGGACCCUUGCCAGAAGAAAGAGGCGAUUCCACAGGGGACUGCAGACAUCCUGAAACUGUGGAACAAAGACGGACAAUCCUACCUGUGAUAGCUGGCUGCCCAGAGCACGGACUGCCUUGGGAGUACUUCUGCCGUCAGCACAAAACUUGCCUUUGCCAGACCUGCCGGGAAAACCAUCAGAGUCACAGCUGCCAAUCGUUGGAAAAGGCUGCGGCAGAGAGGAGGGCUGUGUUGGCAGAGGAGAUUGAGAGGCUGGAGCAGGCACGGAAUGUGCUGCAGGGCACUGUGGGCUGGCUGGAGGACUCACGGGGACACCUGACCACAGACCGGGGCAGGCUGAAGGACCAAGUGUCUGGGCUAUUCCACGCGAUCCAGGAAAUGAUUUCAGAGCAGGAGCAGAGCGUCCUGGAUUAUAUUGAUUCGGAGGAGAACCUCCAGCAUGCCCGAUUGGACGCAUGCAUCAGAGAGAUACAGAGUAAGAGAAACACCUCGAAACAGUUCCUUUUAGAAGCACAAGAGCUGGAGCAGAAGGAUUUGCCAGACUGGGAAUUUAUAGCCUCUUUCCAGAAAACACUGGACAAGCUUUUGAAAGCUGACAUCCAUAUUCAGGGCUACACAUUGAUGAAACGGGAGAUGGACAGAGCUUCAGUCAAACUAAUUGAAAAAGAAGGCCAGGCUUUUGCAAAAAGGUUGAGCAAAAUGAUCCAAGACAAGCUCAGUCAAGGGAAAGAGGUCCUACAGAAACACAGUGCUCCAAGGGCUCAGGCUUGGAGACACAAAGGCAAAGUCCAAAUAGUUCCUGCUGAGACACAGUUACAGAGGGCCAAGCUCACACUCGAUCCCAACACUGCCCACUGCAACCUGAGUCUGUCUGAAGACCUCUUAUCUGCAGAAUGGACGGAGCAAAGACAAGCAAACCCACCCCACCCUGAACGGUUCCGGCUGCACCCGCAGGUGCUCUGUGCCCAGGGAUUUUCCACAGGGCAGCACUGGUGGGAGGUGGCUCUGGUGGGGGCUCGGAGGUGGGAGGUGGGGGCCACCUGCAAGAAGUCUAACCAGUCUUGGGUGGACUCUUGCAUUGCCUGGGCGCUGCGCUGGAAUGGGCGGAGGCUGCAGGCCUUUGAAGGUACCAUCCAACACUCCAGCUCGAGGCUGAGCUCCAUGGUGCAGGCCCCGGGCACGAUGAGGGUUUGUCUAGACUGUGAAAGGGGAACCCUCUCCUUUUUUGCUUUGGAGGAGGAUGAGGAGGCUGUUCAGACAAGUCAAGUCAAGAAAGGCUCUGAGAACAGGACCUUGCUCCACACUUUUCAUAUUAAACCCAUUGGUCCUGUCUUCCCUGGAUUCUAUUUAGAACAGUCUAAGGUCAGGAUCCUAAAGCAUAACUCCAACAUGGAUGCAUUGUACAUUAUUCAAAAAUAA